UGUGUAAAGUGGCCGAACAUCAACAACAACAAAAAAACACAAACAGGAAAGAGCAAUUGGGUAAAUCUAUACACUGCUCUUUAGAAAUACUAUUAUGAGAUAGAAGUUUAUGUGAAGCAUGAGGGGCAAUUCUGAUUUGAUUGGAUGUGGUUUUUAGAAUAAUCGAGGAACUAAAGUCGUUCGUUGUAGCUGCUUGUCAGCUAGUCGUCAGUUACGUUUUAGGUACAGGAUUUUUGUUUACAUUAUAGUUAAACUUCAGACUGAAGUAAAUUGGCAGCAUUGUUAGAACCAGUUAGUAUAAUUGUUCCUUCAUACAUGAAAUAAUGCGAGAUGAUGAUCAAAUUUAUGUUUUAAAAAAUUUUAUUGUAAGAUUGUUUGCUAAUUUGCAACGACAACCCAAAGGAACCAUUGAGUUUUGGGAAAUAUACCAAUGUGAAUUUACUUUUACAUUAAUCCUCUUCCCAAAGAGUUCACCCUUGUGUUUUGACAGAACAGUUGGCAUUUCAACUGAUAAGGUAUUUAUAUUUUUAAAUAAUUUGGUAAUUACAUUUUGAGUAUUUUGAAAGAUUAUUUAAAGAAAGCACUGCCUUAAAAAUGUAUACAUUUUACUUAGAACACCAGGAAUAUGGGAAAACAUUUUUAAAAUGAUGAUUAAAGGUAGAUUUUAUUGGAGAAAUGCUUUACUGAUUUGUAUUUUAGUGCAUUUUUAAAACCUAAGUAUCUGGUAGUAUUCCCCUUGUAGUGAGCAUGAGAUUAAAGUUUAGAACUUUUUAAACAAUCUUUUCUUUUUUUGUGGUUGUGUACUCAUUAUUGCUUGUUCGUCUUUUGCAAUUUAGAUAAAUGAUAUAACAUUAAACUCAAGGUGGUUGAGUUGCAGUAGGGAGUCGGAAGCAAGCCAAGGGAACAUCUUUCUCUACAGGGGACUUGGCGAUUCCAAACCCCCAAGGUUCCAAGAAGAAACUGAAGACACCUGGAAUCUGUACUUGCUUUGUGCUCUUGAGCUGUGCUUGUUAUAUGGACCUUGUUGCUUGACCAACAGAUUUAGCAUUUAAAACAAUCCAGACUCCAAAAUGAUGCAAAUCAACCUGACUGGGUUUUUGAAUGGAAAAAAUGCUAGAGAAUUUAUGGGAGAACUGUGGCCCCUGCUGUUAAGUGCACAGGAAAACAUCGCUGGAAUCCCUUCUGCUUUCCUAGAACUGAAGAAAGAAGAAAUAAAACAGAGACAGAUUGAACAAGAAAAGUUGGCAUCUAUGAAAAAGCAAGAUGAAGACAAAGAUAAGAGGGAUAAGGAAGAAAAAGAAACCAGCAGAGAAAAAAGGGAGAGGUCUCGAAGCCCAAGAAGACGCAAAUCCAGAUCUCCUUCCCCUAGAAGACGGCCUUCCCCUGUCAGGAGAGAGAGAAAGCGCAGUCAUUCUCGAUCUCCCCGUCACAGAACCAAGAGCCGGAGUCCUUCCCCUGCUCCAGAAAAGAAGGAGAAAACUCCAGAGCUCCCAGAACCGUCAGUGAAAGUAAAAGAACCUUCAGUACAAGAGGCCACGUCUACUAGUGACAUCCUGAAAGUUCCCAAGCCUGAACCUGUACCAGAGCCUAAGGAACCUUCUCCGGAGAAAAAUUCCAAAAAAGAAAAGGAAAAGGAAAAGACCCGACCAAGAUCGCGGUCUCGUUCCAAAUCAAGAUCCCGGACACGUUCUCGCUCUCCUUCUCAUACUCGACCUAGGCGGCGCCACAGGUCCCGAUCACGAUCAUACUCACCUAGAAGGCGGCCAAGCCCAAGAAGGCGGCCAUCUCCUCGAAGAAGAACUCCACCAAGACGAAUGCCUCCUCCACCAAGGCAUAGGAGGAGCAGAUCGCCAGUGAGACGAAGGCGGCGCUCGUCAGCAUCCUUGUCUGGGAGCAGCUCGUCAUCCUCUUCGUCUCGUUCCCGGUCACCGCCAAAGAAGCCUCCUAAGAGGACAUCCAGCCCCCCUCGAAAAACUCGCAGGUUAUCUCCUUCAGCGAGCCCUCCGAGGCGAAGGCACAGGCCGUCACCUCCAGCGAGUCCACCGCCAAAAGCUCGUCACUCCCCAACACCCCAGCAGUCAAACCGUACAAGGAAAAGUCGAGUUUCUGUCUCUCCAGGGAGAACUUCAGGUAAAGUGACGAAACAUAAAGGUACUGAGAAAAGAGAGUCCCCUUCACCAGCACCCAAGCCUAGAAAAGUAGAAUUGUCUGAAUCGGAAGAAGAUAAAGGGGGCAAAAUGGCUGCAGCCGACUCGGUGCAGCAGAGACGCCAGUACAGACGCCAGAACCAGCAGUCGUCGUCAGAUUCUGGCUCCUCCUCUUCUUCGGAAGAUGAGCGACCCAAGAGGUCCCAUGUGAAGAACGGGGAGGUGGGCAGGCGGCGGAGACAUUCCCCUUCCCGGAGUGCCUCUCCCUCACCUCGAAAGCGCCAGAAAGAGACUUCCCCUCGGAUGCAGAUGGGAAAGCGAUGGCAAUCGCCAAUGACUAAAAGCGGCAGACGGAGGAGGAGCCCCUCCCCACCACCCACCAGAAGGCGACGCUCUCCUUCUCCUGCCCCUCCUCCUCGACGGCGCAGGUCUCCCACGCCACCACCGCGCCGAAGGACUCCUUCUCCUCCGCCACGUCGGCGCUCCCCUUCCCCGAGAAGAUACUCUCCUCCCAUACAGAGGAGAUACUCUCCUUCUCCACCUCCAAAGAGAAGGACGGCCUCCCCUCCUCCCCCUUCUAAGCGAAGGGCGUCACCAUCCCCGCCACCAAAGCGCCGGGUCUCCCACUCCCCGCCGCCCAAACAGAGAAGCCCCCCGGCCUCCAAGAGACGCUCGCCUUCGUUGUCAUCAAAGCAUAGGAAGGGGGCCUCCCCGAGCCGAUCCACCCGGGAGGCCCGGUCACCACAGCCAAAUAAACGACAUUCGCCCUCACCACGGCCUCGAGCUCCUCAGACCUCAAGUCCUCCACCUGUUCGAAGAGGAGCGUCAUCAUCACCCCAAAGAAGGCAGUCCCCAUCUCCAAGUACGAGGCCCAUUAGGAGAGUUUCCAGGACUCCGGAACCCAAAAAGACAAAAAAGGCUGCCUCUCCAAGCCCUCAGUCUGUAAGGAGGGUCUCAUCCUCCAGAUCUGUCUCAGGAUCUCCUGAGCCAGCCACUAAAAAACCCCCCGCACCUCCAUCCCCCGUCCAGUCUCAGUCGCCCUCUACCAACUGGUCACCAGCGGUACCCAUCAAAAAGGCUAAAAGCCCAACGCCAAGCCCGUCACCGGCAAGGAAUUCGGACCAAGAAGGAGGUGGAAAGAAGAAGAAGAAAAAGAAGGACAAGAAACACAAAAAGGAUAAGAAGCACAAGAAGCACAAAAAACACAAGAAGGAAAAGGCUGCGGCUGCGGCUGCUGCUGUAACGCCCGUGGCCGCCGCUGCCCCCACAACCACGUCAGCACAGGAGGAGCCGGAGGCGGAGCCCGAGCCCCGGAAGGAGACUGAGAGUGAAGCCGAAGAUAACCUUGAUGACUUAGAAAAGCACCUGCGUGAAAAGGCCCUGAGAUCAAUGCGGAAGGCUCAAGUGUCCCCACAGUCUUAGGUGGAAAUGUUUGUUAUGAUGUAAAUUUUAUUUGGUUUGUACGCAAUUCGAUUUCAAAAUUGCUAAAAUGUGUUUGAGCUUUAGACUAUAACAUUUGUUGUAAUAAUUGCUAGGUUGAAGUUCACCAUGUAAAAACAGGGCAUGGAUUUACAUUGCAAAAGGUGUCCACAGUGUGUUAGUGACAUUCUUUCAUUGACAGCUGACAUAAAUUCAUUUAGAGUGAAAUAUUUUAAGCCAAAAAAAAAAAAAUCCCUUUUUUAAAAAAGGGGGUUUAAAUAUUGUUGGCAUUCUAUGGUUCCUUUAAAUACCCCUGGCUAUUCCCAGAGGUUUUUCUUUUUUUUUUUUCCUUCUCUUUUUGUCUUUUGCGUCUUAGCACCCAUUUAAGUUAUGAUGCUUCCAACCUUGUAUGGUUUGCAAACUUGCCCAAAAAUAAGACCACUGUUGAACUACCACAAAAGUAUAAAUGAAUAUUUUAAUGCCACCAUCUUUCCUGUUGCCUGUGGAGUCUCUGCUGAAGUGAAUCAGGAUUCGAGCUCAAGGAGGAGACAGAAGACGAAAGCAUGCUGUUGCCAGGGAGGGCGCCGUGGGUUUCUCUUGAUGGGUAACAAGUCGAUUUGGAACACUGGAAUUUCAUUCUAUUCUGUUGUGUUUUUCUUUCUUUUUUUUGUAAAGGCAAUUAACUAGACCCAGGAAGGAUCCUUCAGUUAUAUAAAAUUUUGUUUUAUGAAAUGUCAUGGCUCCAUUCAUAAUUUUGUCUUGUUCUUCUAAUUGGUAUAUACAACUUUCAGAGCUCUUGUAUUUGGAAGGCUGGAAGGGCCCAGACUUUGAAAUAGUGUCUUGUUUUCACUGUUUUUGUUUUUUUGUUUUGUUUUUUUUUUUUAAACUAAAGCUAUAUAAAGCUUGUGGAUUAAACAGAAUAAAUUUCUAAAUUUAAAAA